AUGGACGAACUCACGAAGCAAUGGAAGGGACUCUCUCUUUCUCAACGGGAAGGUCCCAAGUUCAAUAUGAGACCGGAUUUGGCUACGAUGGAGUAUAUUAUCGCAGCCAAAUUCUUAACAAAAAGAGCUUUGAAUAUGGACGCCAUUGCAGCGAUUUUCCAACCUUUAUGGCAAUCCAAAAAUGGUUUCAGGUUGAAAAAUCUUGGAAAUCAUAUAGUACUAUUCAUUUUUGAUAGUAAGGUAGACGUUGAUAAUAUCCUUGAAAACGAACCAUGGAGCUAUGAUAAAAAUCUUAUGGUUUUGCAACGGUAUGAAGCAGACUCUAAAGUUGAAAACCUGUCUUUUAACCUCACCCAUUUUUGGGUUCAGGUGCAUGGUAUUCCGGUUAGGUUCAUGAACAAAAGAGUGGCGGAAGGUUUAUGUGAGAUAGUGGGUCAGGUAUGCCACCUACAGAAUGCUCCUACAGAGGACGGGGGAAGUUUUAUGAGGGUCCGGGUUUUAGUGGAUAUUUCGCAACCCUUGUGUAGGGGGUGUGUGAUUGCUUUUGAUGAUAAUAGGGAACAAUGGGUCACAUUCAAGUACGAACGGCUUCCUAACCUGUGUUAUUGGUGCGGCUGCCUGACGCAUAGUGAUAAGGAUUGCGAUCUGUGGAUCAAAAGUGAAGGAACGUUACCUGAAACGGAGAAACAGUACGGGUCCUAG